AUGGUGCUUACGGUAGAGCAGAUGAAAGGGGUCGUGCUCGCCUCAAAAGCCCAGCGACAAGGUGGACUACGACGAGGGAAGAGAAAGGUUAUCACCGGAGCCGUUUAUCGUUGGCCCAAGGCUCCAAUCCCAUAUCGAUUCAAGGAAGGCGACGAAAAAUGGCGUAAUCUGAUUCGCUCAGCGUUAAAAAAGUGGGAAAAGGAAACAUGUUUGAGAUGGGAAGAAAAUGGUCCUGGUAAAGAUCAUGUGAUCUUCUUCCGUGGUAGCGGGUGUUAUUCAAGCGUAGGCCGCACAGGUGGAUCACAGAUGAUAUCGAUUGGUUACGGUUGCGAGGAUAUAGGGAUUGUCUGUCACGAAGUUGGUCAUUCAUUAGGAUUUUGGCACGAACAGUCACGACCGGAUAGGGAUCGAUACAUCACGUUGAACAAGCAGUACAUAAUCCGAGGAACAGACGGAAACUUCGAGCGACGAACGACGCAAGAGAUUGAAGAUAUGGGACUGCCAUACGAUUUGGGUUCAGUAAUGCAUUAUGGGCCAAACGUGAUAAUCAGCGACAACAGUUUCAUAAAACCUAGACGUUUGCAAAAUAUACGCAGCGAGCAGGGUUCGAACCUACGCGGGCAAUGCCCAUUGGAUUUCAAGUCCAACUCCUUAACCACUCGGACAUCGCUGCUUGAUUUAGUUAUGAACCAUUAUUACCUAGGCAAACGGAGUAUGUUAGCUUCUGUUGUGAGUUUUUGCAAAGUGUUCGCAGCGAGCAGGGUUCGAACCUACGCGGGCAAUGCCCAUUGGAUUUCAAGUCCAACUCCUUAA